AUGAGCGAUACAAUCUCGGUGAAGAUAAAUUGUUUCUUUGGGGGUGUGUUCAAAAAAGAUGAUGAAGAUGGAAAGCUUAAUUAUGUCAAUGGUCUGUUGGAACAGUUUGAAGUUGAUGGUGAUGCAGUAUAUGAUGAAGUAAUGAAGAAGAUGGUUAAGGUAGUUAGUAAGGGGAAAAUGUGGUACAAGUUACCAUAUGAGGAUAUCUCAGAGAAGAAGGAUUUGUCUGAAAAUGGAGAAGUAAACAAAAGGAAGAUGAAUGCUAAUGGUCGUUGGUACAAAGAGCUUGAUGUCUUCAUAGAGGAAGCUGAACCUGAUGAUGUUACUGCGACAGAGGCUGAGCAGCAUGUUGUUGAUGGUGAUGAGAUUGACGGUGACACACAGGUUGAGCAACAUGUUAUUCUUGGUGACGAGAAUGACGCAGAGGCUGAGCAAGAAGCUGUUGAUGGUGAAGAGCUUGACGCACCGGCAGAGCAAGAGGUUGAAGAAGAAGAGAGUGAAGAUGAGUAUCAAGCCAGUAAUGAAUCCGAGAAUGAAGAUGAUUUUGACAGAAAUUUCCAAUAG